CUUACAACCCUAGACUACCACUUCGUCUAGAUCAUUGCACCCAAAUAACCAGAUGUUUCCCCCCUCCACCAAUGUGCCACCAUUAUGUCUCCGUCCUCGUACCAUUCUCGUACAAACACCAACAACAGUCAUACGAAGUUACCAAACUGUCGUCUCCUGUUUUCAUCGUUGCAGCGCUACAUCUCUAUCAAACUUUCUCCCUCUCAAAAUCAAUAAUGUUUCACUUUCAAACAAGAAGGCUAGAAGAACAAACCCAGAACUCGGCACAUCCCUCUCUCUCAAUCAGAUAUGAAUAUUUCGUGAGAAUGUGGGACCCAUGUGUUCAAACAGACUUAACAUGAAGAUUUCAAGGUUUCAAGUGUGGGAUCUUCUCUUCCUCCAGUCACUGGAUUCAUGAUGAUAUUAAUGUUAAAGCAAUAAGGGGGAAAGAUACCUAUAGAGUGUAAGUUUUGAAAAUUUUUGAUUUAAUAAUACUGCUUCUUUUGACAUUUUGACGCUAUUAAAUGUUCGGUUUUAUGUAGACUAUUAGGUAGAACGAAAGAGAUAGAUAUGUAAAAGAUGUUAAUUUGAGUAGUGAAAG